AUGUCCCAGCUCCUUGGUUCUGCCGAGAUCCAGUUGCCUGACAUUCAGCUACUCCGACCCUAUCGCAUGUUCAUGCCGUCUAUGCCUGUACAUGCGUACGGGAUCAGACGUUUCGGCACUCCCCACCACAGCUCCAGCAAGGGGCAUCUGUUCGUGACCCUGCAAAGGAUAGUUCGCCUCGCAGUAACCUCGUGUAUUGCCCAGGCGAGCGUGAACCUUGUACACGUCCUCGAAGAACACUCCGAGACCCUCCAAGACAUCCACGACCAGGUUUCCCCGCUUAUCUUCUGGCUCGGGAUCUACGUCUCCCGGGGAUUUACUGUGAGAUAUUCCAGCGUCAUGGUAACACCGAGCCAUGUGGGAUUAUCGUGGAUCACCACAGCAUGUGCAAGCUUAGCAGUAACGGUAUCUAAGGUAUCCGCACUGCAGUAG